GUCAGCAGAGAGCCGCAGGGUCAGGUUAUUAUGACAUCAUGCGGACGAGUUUAUUUUCUACCUGAGCCCUUGAUCCAUGUCACAAGCUUUACAGAUAUUGACUCUUCAAAGCCUCCCCAAACUGGUGAGGUAGGCUCAUCUCCGUGACUAGCUUCUCAGAUGAGGAAACCCAGAGAGAGAGCCGGCCGAAACUGUGCACUCAGAGUCACAGAGGCCGGGUCUGCUCAGGGUCACUGGCUGUCCGGCCUUCCAACUCUCCUGAACCUAAGACUUUUGGAUGAUGAUGUUCUAGGGCCUGGAGUUUCAGAGCGGGACUAACUAACACAGUUUGAAAUUCAGCUCUGUUACUUGCUUAGCUGCGCCGCCUUCGGUGUCUGCAGCCUGGAUGGAGAACACUUCUCUUGGCAACGAGUAUGGGGAUUACGGCGACCUUCCGGAUCUCCCGGUGGACUGCGCUGACGGCGCCUGCAUCUCCAUUGACCUCCUCCACGCGACCCCACUCCUGCUGUAUGCCGCCGUCUUCCUGGUCGGGGUGCCGGGCAAUGCCAUGAUGGCCUGGGUGACCUGGAAAGAGGCCCGCCAGAGGGUCAGUGCCAUCUGGUUCCUCCAACUGGCCGUAGCAGACCUGCUCUGCUGUUUGUCUCUCCCCAUCCUGGCGGUGUCGGUCGCCCACAAGGGCCAUUGGCUGUACGGGGCAGUGGGCUGCCGGACCCUGCCCUCUGUCAUCCUGCUCUCCAUGUAUGCCAGCGUCCUCCUGCUGGCCACUCUCAGCAUGGACCUCUGCUUGCUGGCCCUCAGGCCCACCUGGUGGGGGGCAGCCGGGCGGGCGUGCAGGGUGCGGGCAGUCUGUGGGACAUGCUGGGGGCUGGCCUUGCUGUUCACUGUGCCCUCAGCCAUCCACCGCCGGCUGCAUCAGGAGCAUUUCCCACACCGGCUGGAGUGUGUGGUGGACUACGGUGGCUCGACCGUGGCUGAAAACUCAGUGACGGCCGCCCGGUUUAUUUUUGGCUUCCUGGCGCCGCUGGUGGUCGUGGUCGCCUGCCACGGUGCCCUCCUGUGUCGUGCUACCCGACGCCGCUGGCCACUGGGCCUGGCCGUCGUGGUGGGGUUUUUUGUCUGCUGGGCCCCCUACCACGCGCUGGGAUUGAUACUCACCUUGGCGGCCCCACACUCCACCCUCCUGGCCCAGGCCCUGCGGGCUGAACCCUUGGUGGUGGGCCUGGCCCUUGCUCACAGCUGCCUCAAUCCCAUGCUUUUCCUCUAUUUUGGGCAGCCUCAACUCCGCCAGUCUCUGCCAGCUGCAUGUCGCUGGGCCCUGAAGGAGCCACAGAGUGAGGAUGAAAGUAUGGUCAGCAAGAAAUCGACUAGCCACGACCUGGUCUCAGAGAUGGAAGUGUAGGCUAGGGGGAAAUCGGUUUCUAUCCUCCUAUCCCAUUUUGCAAGACAGGCUUCAGGCGUAGCUGGAUCGAAGAGCUUAAUGAUAUUGUCAUUUGUUUUUAUUCAUUCAACAAACAUUUGUUAUGCCCCUGCCAUGUGCCGUGCAGAUAUAAAACAUUUCCAUCAUUGCAGGAAGUUCUAUUGGACAAGGUUGCUCUAGAAUAUCACUUGUUCAGAUCUUUGAAAUCACAUUGUAGUGAUACCUUCUUAACUCCAGGACAGCACUUUACACACAGUUUCUCCUUUAAGGUAAUUCUUACAACAACCCAGAGGUCAUUUGCCCAAGAUCACACACACAAGGAAAUUACAGAGCUGAGAUUGGAUCCCAUGUUUACCUGACUCUAGUAGCCAUGCUCUUGAUCACUGAAAAUUUCCUUCAAUGCCUUCUUCAAAUAGUACUCCCUCCAGGGAGGUCUCCCUGAUUCAGUCCCCUCCCUGGGGAACAGAACAUUCUGUUCUCCAAGUUUCUGGAACAAACGUUCGCAGCUAACCUGUAAAAUUUCCAAGGACAACAUCUGGGCUAGUUUAACUUCUGUCUCGCCUCCACCCUUCCCAAACUUUAAAAAGAGCCAAACUAUGUUUGUGUACAGAGUUUUCUUCCAACUAGAUUGUGAGCUACCCCAAUGAUGGAGAUCUUUUUGUUGCUUAAAAAAAAAAAAUCUGAUACAGGGACACAUCUUAGGU